AUUAUUUUGUUUACACAGUCUGUAAUCAGAGGCAAUAUGAUAACUCUCAGGAUCGUCUAUUUCACCAUUGUUACCAGAAAUUUUGUAUGCUGUUCAAGUAACUGUUACAACGGCGAAACAGGUGUAGCAGAACAAUGUCUUACGCCUUACGAAUCCGUUGCCUACGGCAAGACGGUAGAGGCGACAAACAAUUGCGGAAGCACGCGAAAAGAGAAAUAUUGUCAAAUAGCCACUUCGUUCGGUGCUACCAAAACCUGCCAGGCAUGUGAUAAUGAUGGCAGGAAAAGUUUGCAACACAGCACGCAGUUUUUGACGGAUGCUCACGAUACCUUCAGGCCAACAUGGUGGCAAUCACAAAGUAUUUUCGAGCAAGACAUGGGACCGCAAACUACAGUUAACCUCACGCUUGAUUUACACAAAACCUACGACAUAGUUACAGUUAAACUCAAAUUUAAAUCACCAAGACCAGAAAGCUUUGCUAUAUAUAAGAAGACAUGCACCACAUGCGAAUGGGAACCUUAUCAGUAUUAUUCGACCUUCUGCCGUGGUACUUACGGAAUUGAAACUAAGACGUUUUUAUCAGACAAUGAAGUCGGUUGUUCUGAGAGUGAAAGCGACAUAUCACCACUGACUGGUGGAACUGUUUCAUUUAGUCCUCUACGGGGUCGACUUGGAAGCUGGGCAUUGUAUCAGCGAAAAGAACUCCAGGAUUGGAUAACGGCUUCUGCUAUACGUAUUUCAUUAAACAACAUGAAUACAUUCGGAGAUGAAGUAUUUGGCGAUGAAGAGAUUUUAAAGUCGUAUUACUAUGCUAUAUCCGAUAUCUCUAUUGAAGGAAGGUGUAAAUGCAACGGGCAUGCAUCAGAAUGUCGAGAAAACGACAAAGGAAGUUUUGUUUGUAUUUGUGAGCACAAUACUCAGGGAAAUGAUUGUGAAAGGUGCACCGAUCUUUACAAUGAUGCACCCUGGCAAAGAGCAUCUGAGUUCAAUGCGAACGAAUGCCAAAAAUGCGAUUGCAAUGGCUUCUCAAAAAACUGUGUAUUUGACUCUGAACUGUAUAAGAACACUGGUCAUGGAGGACGGUGCGUUCAGUGUGAUGGAAAUACUACUGGUCCACAUUGCGAAGUAUGUCUGUCAAAUCACUACAGGAAGUCGCCGAUAGAGGAAUGCCUGGAGUGCGACUGUCAUGCCAUGGGAUCACAUGGCGAACAUUGCAAUGAGAGCGGAAUAUGUUCCUGCAAAGACGGAGUGAGUGGAGAUAAAUGUGACCAAUGUCGUCCUGGAUAUUUUGGAAUGUCAGAAUCUGGUUGCAGAUUAAUCAGACAAUCCAUCCUAACAAAUGAAAUGCCAUAGGAAAAGUGCAAUUGUUACAUGGUCUUUUACAAUCCUUCAGAGCUAAUCACAAAAUGAUUUCCAAAAUUGCCCGAUGUCAUGUCACAAUUAGGACUGGGCAUUUUCGAAUACCUUGUGAUUUCAGAAUCGAAUCGAAUAAUUUUUUCGAAUCGAAUCUCGAAAAUAUAUAAUUGUAAGCGACUUUAUCAUAGUAAUUGGUCCCCUCU